AUGGCUUUUCGUCUCUUACUUCUCUCUUCUGUGCUAAUUGGCCCCUCUGUCUGGGCUGGUCAACUCUGGCCGGAGCCAUGGCCUCUGGAGUGGAGAAAUCUCGACAUGAAUCUGCUCGACACGAUGGAGCAGCAUGUUCUAGAGACAGACAAUCCGGGCUGUGUCAUCAGCAACUUGACAUCGAAUGAGAUGGUCAAGGGUAGAAAAGUAGUUGACUUUUCAACGGACGCCUCGGAGAAUUUUAUGCUGCCCAAGAUCGAGCCGCUCAACUCUACCGCAGGGGACCAGUGGGCAUUCGACGGCGUCUCCAAGGACGCAAAGCAAGCCUUUGUCUUUGGCUUCUAUCGCGACCCAAACUAUGCCAUCCUCGGUACCGGAAAUUUUCGACUGUCGAUUGAGAUGGCUCUGGACGACGGAACACGCUUCGCCGAACUUUACUACCCGGAGCGAUCAGUUAUAGAGUCGUGCGCAGAAGGCAUUAGAGGAAUGUGGUACGACGACAAGGACGGGUACAGAUUCACCUGGAUGGUUAAAGCAGACAUGAGCGAGGCCAUCGUCACCCUAAACUCCGACACGCUGCAGGGAAAGAUCGCCUACCAUUCCAAAUCCCAACCUAGGUCGGCAGAUGGCCAUGUCUGGCCAAAUGCGAACGCGUCUACGCAAACAGUCCGCCACCACCACUGGGCGCAACCUAUAGUAGGUGGCAAUUUAGAAUUUGACGUCGAAAUCAAGGGGGAGAAGGUGGCUUGGACUGGCAUGGGAGGACUUGAGAGGAUCUGGACUGCCUUCAGCUGGUUCACUUGCUUGACGAACUUGCAGGGUCUGCGGACGAUGCUUGGUCCCUACGUCGUCAGCUACUUCCGCUACGAGUCCUUAAUGGACAAGGGGGAAAUCGUCGAGUCCGCCGUUGCGUUCAAAGAUGGCAUCCCUAUCUUCCGCAGCACGCUCGGGAGCCCUUCCGACACCGAGGACUACAUUGUUGCGCAGAAGACGUACGGCGGCGCUGUGACUGGAAAUCUCAAAGACAAGGUUACGGGCUUUCAGAUCGAUCUCAUCUCGCCAAAAGAUAAACGUCACUACACUUUUUCCAUUGAACAUGCCAAGUUGGCAUGGGAGUUCGCCCUUGGCGAAGGUGUCGGUGGCAGUGGUUUCACAGGCAUUUCGAUGGGCGGACACGUCGGUCAGGAUCAGUACCAAGGGGUGUCAAUCAGCGAGGCGUUAACCUUCCCCAAGAACUCUCCCUUGUUCAAGAGCAAUUAUGUAGAGUAG